CCCGUGCCGCGCGUCCUCUCGCUCUUUUUCAGGCCGCCGAUCGAGAGGAGAAUGAAGGAAACGAGCGACGGCGAGCUCUCGGAGGCUGAAGAUGAGGUGGUGGCUGUUGAGACGGCGGCGGUUGCUGCUGCUACUACCACUGCUACUGAAUCGGCGAUGGAGUCGGAGUCGGCGGUAGCAGAGACAGAGGUGGUGGUAGCAGAGACAGAGGCAGAAAUGGUGGUAGCAGAGGUGGUGGUAGCAGAAGCAGAAGUGGUGGUCGCAGAGGCGGUGGUGGUAGCAGAGAAGGAGGAGGAGAAGGAGGAGAAGGAGGACGAGGAGGAUGAGGAGAAGGAUGAGGAGGAUGAGGAGAAGGAUGAGAAGAAGGAGGAGGUAGAGGAGGCAGAGACGGUGGUAGAGGAGGCAGAGGCAGAGACGGCAGAGGCAGAGACGGUGGUAGAGGAGGCAGAGGCAGAGACGGUGGAAGAGGAGGCAGAGCCAGAGGUGCCGGAGGAGGCCGAGUUGGAAGAGCCGGAGGAAAGCUUCAGCGACCCUGAAGACUUCGUGGACGACAUCUCCGACGAGGAAUUGGUGGGUGAUCUUUUAAAGGAUCAACCUGAAGAAGCCGACGGCAUAGAUUCUGUUAUUGUUGUGGACAACGUACCACAAGUUGGACCAGAUCGACUGGAGAAGCUUCGGAAUGUCAUCCAGAAAAUCUUUUCCAAGUUUGGGAAAAUUGCAAAUGAAUUUUACCCAGAAGCAGAUGGGAAGACUAAAGGGUACAUUUUCUUGGAAUACAGUUCACCUACCUGUGCUGUGGAUGCUGUAAAAAAUGCCGAUGGAUACAAGUUGGAUAAACAACACACCUUUCGAGUCAACCUCUUCACUGACUUUGAUAAAUACAUGAACAUUAGCGAUGAUUGGGAAAUUCCAGAGAAACAGCCUUUCAAAGAUUUUGGGAAUCUUCGACACUGGAUAGAGGAUCCAGACUGCAGAGACCAAUGCAGUAUUAUCUACGAGUCUGGGGACAGAACAGCUAUUAUGUGGAAUGAUAUAAAGGAACCUGUUGUUAUUGAAGAGCGAGCACGUUGGACAGAAACGUACGUUCGUUGGUCUCCCAAAGGCACGUACCUAACGACAUUCCAUCAGCGUGGUAUUGCUCUUUGGGGCGGGGAGAAGUUCAAGCAGAUUCAACGAUUUAGCCACCAAGGAGUUCAGCUAAUUGAUUUUUCUCCAUGUGAAAGAUAUAUGGUGUCAUUUAGUCCUUUAAUGGACACAAAAGAUGACCCUCAAGCUAUCAUCAUUUGGGAUGUACUAACAGGCCAGAAGAAGCGAGGGUUUCAUUGUGAGAGCUCAGCCCAUUGGCCAAUAUUCAAGUGGAGCCAUGAUGGCAAGUUUUUCGCACGAAUGACGCAAGAUACACUUAGUAUUUAUGAAGCACCUUCUAUGGGUCUGUUAGAUAAGAAGAGUCUCAAGACCUGUGGCAUAAAGGAAUUCUCGUGGUCUCCAGGUGAUAAUGUUAUUGCAUUUUGGGUGCCAGAAGAUAAAGAUAUUCCAGCCCGAGUCACUCUAAUGCAGUUUCCGACGAGGCAAGAAAUGAGAGUUCGCAAUCUUUUCAAUGUGGUGGACUGUAAAUUACACUGGCAGAAAAACGGAGAUUACUUGUGUGUGAAAGUUGAUAGAACCCUGAAAGGUAUACAGGGUCUCGUAACUAACUUUGAAAUCUUCAGAAUGAGGGAAAAACAGGUUCCUGUAGACGUUGUGGAAAUGAAAGAGGGUAUUAUAGCUUUUGCUUGGGAGCCAAAUGGAAGCAGGUUUGCUGUGCUACAUGGAGAAGUGCCUAGAAUAUCUGUAUCCUUCUAUCAUGUGAAGAAUAAUGGCAAAAUCGACCUCAUCAAAGUGUUUGAUAAACAGCAAGGUAACAGUAUCUUUUGGAGUCCACAAGGCCAAUUUUUGGUAGUGGCUGGUCUGCGGAGCAUGAAUGGUGCUUUAGCCUUCUUUGACACAUCAGAUUGCACGUUGAUGAAUGUAGCUGAGCAUUAUAUGGCUUCUGACAUUGAAUGGGAUCCAACCGGACGAUAUGUGGUGACUUCAGUAUCGUGGUGGAGUCACAAGGUGGACAAUGCAUACUGGAUGUGGACGUUCCAAGGACGUCUCCUACAAAAGAACACAAAGGAUCGCUUCUGCCAAUUGCUGUGGAGACCAAGACCUGCCACCCUGCUCUCUCAGGAUCAGCUUAAGCAAAUCAAGAAAGAUUAUAAGAAAUAUUCCAAGAUCUUUGAGCAGAAAGAUCGUUUGAGUCAGUCCAAGGCUUCCAAGGAAUUGGUAGAUAAACGACGUAGAAUGAUGGAAGAAUUCCAUAAAUAUCGUGAGCUGACCACACAGACGUACGCCGAGCAGAAGCCACAACGUUUAGAGCUCCGUGGAGGUGUGGACACUGAUGAGCUGGACAGUAAUGUUGAUGAUUGGGAGGAGGAGACUUUUGAAUUUUUCGUGACUGAAGAAAUUAUCCCCGUUGGAGAUCAGGAGUAGUCUUAUACAGUGCCACCAUACUUUCAGCGGAAGCUGAUUUCUCCUGUGACACCUGGAAUUUCUCCCCGCAUUUGGGAAGUUGAAUGCGCUCCAUUCUUGCAGAGAUCAUCACAGUGCCUUUUCCUAUAUCAGUUUCCGUGGUAGCGAUAAAGACACUACCUUUACUUUUAAUAAUUGUGAAUAAAUUUCGCUGACUAGCAGUGGCUCUGCAGUUUACUUUGUGUUAAUAUCACUGGUCACUGUGGGGGCUGCUUUAUGUAAGUAUAUUAUUAUUGAGGCACUCAACGUUUCCUGUAGCCAUGGGCUAUUUUUACAUCCAUGGUAAAUUAAAACUGCAUUUUGUAUGGAGGAAUCUUGAGACUGCAAUGAGGGUUAAUACAUAUUUUUGUGUCCACUUACGGCACUACAGUGGACUGUAUCCUCCUCCAUUCAGGUUAUAUCUGACAUCCAAUGGGAUAAAAUAAAGCUGAGUAACAACAA